AUGGGGCAUGAAGAGAGAAAAACAGCAUCUGAAACUGUAACAGGAAACAGUGGGAAAACAGAUGAAGUUGUAAAAAGCCCUGCCAGUAUACCAGAACCAGAAUCCCCCAUUCCACCAAAACCUUCACAAGAGGAAGUUUGGCCGGAGAAGAACUCGAAGAUAAACCUAAGGGAAGCCAAGAAGUGCAGGAGAGGCAUGAAUCUCAAACUUGCUUUUAAGCGUGACAAACAUGGAACUUUAAACUUGUUGACGGGGCAUGAAUCUGACCGAGCAACAGCUUAUCAGCCAGAAAGUAGUAAAGGCAACGAUUUCAGGCCAAUAUCUUGUGUCAAACCUUUACAAGUUGACAACGCAAUGUGUGGUACGUGUCAUGCAGUUGGAUGUUGCUACGAAAAGGUGGCUACUUGCAGAUUACGAGGUGCCAAAAGGUGGUGGUUUCCACUGAUAAUGAGUCAUCAAUGUCGCUGGAAUACGAAAACACUUCCAGGCAAGAUGACGCGUAAUGCUGUUACCUACGGGUUAGAAAUAUUGUGGGGAACGUGUGAAGACUGUGGAUCAUGUGGCAACGAAAUCACAUAUAUCACAUUACUAUACUAG